CUUGGAGAUUCCAUUCGUAGAAGAGGGAGGAUUUUAUUGUGGUUCACAAGCAGCAUGCAUGCAAGUACUGUGGUGAAUUUGAAUUAUCUAGGAAGCUCCGGUUGUUAUGAGGCCGAACAAAAUGGUGAUUGCAAGAAUCGAAUUCCCUGUAACAGAAGGGGAAGGCAUUCCUUUUCUCCUGUUGAGAUGAAUGAUCCUCCUUCAAGUACCAAGGACAAGGAUGGUAUUUUGCAAAGUGAAAUAUUUUAUACACCACAAGCCUUCUUAGGCUUCUGUGUAGAUAAUCAUUUACAGUUUGAUACCUUACGUCGUGAAAAGCAUUCCUCUUUUGUGAUCAUUGAUACUGUUCAUGACAAUUUCUGCAAGAGCUUACAUUGUCAGCCAUUGAAGGGUCAAGCGGAAAAUAACGAG